UAUAUGGAGAGCGAUAUCGAGUGAGCGAUGGAAGUCGAAUUGUACCUAGUUCCCUGAUCGACGGUGUUCUGGGAAGAAGCCGGUGACUGGUUCAAGCGUUGCUAUUACAUAAAUGAUAUUCGGAAAUAACUAAGUAGAAUUCAGAUGAUUGUUUUCGUCCUCAAAAAUAGCGAAUUUCGAAGGUUCAGCUGCUUCCUGUGAGUAAGAUAUGGUGUAAAAAAAGUUUCUGAAGUGCUGUUGGUUAAAAAGAACAACCAAGAUAACAGUGCAUAAAACUCUAUGGACCCAUCUAUAGUGAAGCUUCUGGAAGAUGACGAGGAUGAAAGUAUGCACUCAGGGGCAGACGUGGAAGCAUUCCAGGCUGCAUUAAAUAGAGACAUAGGAGGAGAUACUUCGACUUCUCAGUUGUCUGGUUCAGACACAGGAAGCAAUAAUUCAUUAAGCCAGUCAUUACCAAAGCAGCCAACUUCUACCCAUGACAAGCAAAGUGACUGUCAAAAUCAAGAGCCUAAAGUUGUGCAGCAGCAAGAGCAACAACAUUCGUCUGAAAUGGAGCAGAAGCCACAGCAACCUCUUGUUGAACAACUACAGAAUGCUGCUUCUCAGGAUGCCAAUAAUCUCCCUUCAUCUCAGAAACAAUCUCAAGAUGAAAGUGCUCAAGGCCAUACUGCACAAGCUCCCCACCAAAAUUCUCAAACAAAUGUAACUCAGAAUUCUGAAAAAGAUCCUGUCUUCAACCAUGAGGCAGUCAACACACAUAAUCCUAACCAUGAAUCUCAGUAUGCAAAGCUGCAGCAAAUGAGUAAUCAACAGGCCACUGUCAAGGAACAGCCUGGAAGUCAGGUCGAUCGGAAUAAACAGGUACCAUUUGCCAUGUUGCUCCCUAUGUUGAUUCCCCAGCUUCCCAAAGACAGAGCCAUGCAACUUCAAACUUUAUUUAAUAAAUUGAAGAAAGAUGAAAUGCCCAAAGAUCAGUUUGUGCGGCUUAUGAAAGGUAUUGUAGGGGAUCAGAUGCUUAGAUUAGCAUUAACGAAAGUGCAAUUACAGACAAGAUCCAACCCAGCACCCACUGGGCAGCAGCAUCCUCAUGUAAGGACGCCAAAUGUUAAUUCAGGUGCAACAAAAUUUAAUGAUCCCCAUGCAUUAGCCCAUCUGCAUCAGAGAAGUAUGAAUGCUGCUGCAGAUCAAUCUAAUAAUACUUCUUCAGCCGUCCAAGUAAAGAAUGAACCAACCUAUCCAACUAUGGACAUUAAUGCUAAAAAAUCUCGGGAACUGGAUGUUCAAGUAGAAUCUCAAGGAGCGCAACUAAAUCAGUUACCAUCAUCCAGUUCUAAUGCUGUUAGUCAAGAAACGGAAAGAUCCUCACUUCACUUACAAGGCCUUAAUAAGGAGCAACAACAGCAUCUACAUUUCCCUUCAGCAUAUGGUAACAGUGGUGGUAAUUAUAACCCUUUUUCGGGCUCAACCAGUAGUUCCACAUCAUCUAUCAGACCACAACCUUUUGAUUCACACAUGAGGCAAAUUCCACAUCAGAGCAUCAGUCCAAAUCAAUUAGGUGGGUCAACACAGGGUUUGAUUGGUUUGACAAAACUUGAUCAGCAAAAUUCUUUCAAUGAUCCCAAGAGAAUGCCUGGUGGAUUUGUGUCCCCUGUGGCAAACAAUACAACAUCACAACAAACAUCAAAUUCUUGGCAACCAUCAGCAAACAAAGAACAAAGUUCAGGCUCGUUUUCAUCUGUUCCAUAUGUAAAAAAGGAGCCUAAUGACCUGUCUACCGAGCAGCAACACAGGCAUAAUUUGUCUAAAUUGCACGGGCUGCAUUCUGUUAAUUCUGUGCAAAAUGAACAGGGUAGCAGUGCCAAUCAAGGCACCCUAAAGGAGGAGUUUUCAAGAGGCUUUCCAGCAUCCACAAGUAUGCCGCAUACAACAUCUAGCUUGCUGCCUCUCAAUUCUGCUUCCCCUUCUGUAUCUCAACUUGACCCUAGUGCCACUUUAAGCCCUCAGAUCCCAUCAAACACGUCUGUUAUAAAUGCAAGGACACCUCUGAAAAAGCCUUCUCCUGGCCAGAAGAAACCAAUUGAAGCACUUGGUUCUUCACCUCCUCCUCCAAGUAAGAAACAAAAAGUGUCUGGGGCAUCUCUUGAGCCAAGCAUUGAACAACUUAAUGAUGUUACUGCUGUUAGUGGUGUUGAUCUUAGGGAGGAGGAAGAACAAUUAUUUUCUGGGCCCAAGGAGGACAGUCGAGCUUCAGAAGCAUCUCGCAGAGUUGUGCAAGAAGAGGAGGAAAGUCUGAUUUUGCAGAAAGCUCCAUUGCAAAGAAAACUGAUUGAGAUUAUAAAUGAGUGUGGCUUGAAGGGUGUGAGUAAUGAUUUGGAGAGAUGCUUGUCACUGUGUGUGGAGGAAAGAAUGCGUGGAGUAAUAAGUAAUGUGAUUAGAAUGUCAAAACAGCGGGUUGAUUUGGAGAAGACAAGCCAUCGGACUGUUGUCACUUCAGAUGUACGGCAGCAAAUCCUAACAAUGAAUAAGAAGGCAAGGGAAGAAUGGGAGAAAAAACAGUCAGAAACAGAGAAGCUCCGGAAACUAAAUGAUGUAGAUGGUAAUGCUGGGAUUGAUGGUGACAAGGAGAAAGAUGAGGGUCGGACUAAAGCAACAAAGGUGAACAAAGAAGUGGAUGACAAGAUGAGGACAAAUGCUGCUAAUGUUGCUGCCCGAGCUGCUGUUGGGGGAGAUGACAUGCUGUCAAAGUGGCAACUUAUGGCUGAGCAAGCCAGACAGAAGAAACGUGGUGGGGGAAUGGAUGCUUCAUCUGGUUCUCAACCAGCUAAAGAUGUGAGCCAGAAAUCUUCAUCAACAUCAGGAAGGAGUACAAAAGAUAAUCAGGCAAGAGAGAAAAAAGGGGCUGGUAGAAAAUUUGGGAGAAGUCAUGCCACGACACCUCAAAAUAGCAUAGCUCGAAGCAUAUCUGUCAAGGACGUGAUUGCAGUCCUGGAGAGGGAACCCCAGAUGUCCAAAUCAUCACUCUUAUAUCGAUUGUAUGAGAGAAUUCAUUCUGACACCUCAACUGAAUAAGGUAAAGCUUUGGAUUCACUUGAACUUUUAAUUUUACAGAUCAAAUUUAUGCAUUGUACUAUUUCUAUCGCCAAAUAUUUAGUAGCGGUGGUGCACUGGAUUCACUUGAACUUUUAAUUUUAGAGCUUAAAUUUCUGUAGAUAACGUGAUGUACAUCAGUAGGUGUGUGGAAAAUACUUAUUACACAUUCAGUGGAAGGAGAUCUUAAAUUAUUUUUCUUCCCUUUUGAGUUUUAACAAACAUUACAAUUUCUCCCAGAGGUACCCAACUGGACAGAAAAUGCUUAUUUCACAACAGUCAUCCCUCAUAUCUCUGGAAGAAUCGCAAGUCUACUUGCAGAGAAUGAGAUGGGACUUGAUAUAUUCGGAUGGUCAAAAUUGUGUAGAUGUCAGUAAAAUUACGUGUUUAAAUGUAUGUAUGUAUCUUGUAAUGCGAUGGGACUUGAUAUAAACUGGACUUUAUUUAAUUUUUAAACGACUUGUGAUCUACAUUUCUAUACAUUUUAAGGCAUGGAAUGAACUAAGCUAGCUUGGGAAGUGGUAACCUUUAUGUAGCUCGGUUCAGCAGAUUCAUAAGCUGGAAAAUUUGCUUGUUUGUUAAAUGGGUCGAGUUGGAACUUU